AAGCGUGCGCGCGUGCAGCGAUUCCCGCGCGCGGGGCUCGUGCGGCGCCAGUGAUGUGAGUGGCGGGAAGCGGCUGCGUCUCGCGCUGCAGGUGGGCAGGAUGGCGGGAGGACGGCGCGGUCUCGUGGCGCCUCAGAACACGUUUCUGGAGAACAUCGUCCGGCGGUCCAACGACACCAACUUUGUCCUGGGGAACGCUCAGAUUGUGGACUGGCCCAUUGUCUACAGCAACGAUGGCUUCUGCAAACUGUCAGGGUACCAUCGAGCUGAGGUCAUGCAGAAGAGCAGCACCUGCAGCUUCAUGUAUGGGGAGCUGACUGACAAGGACAUAAGUGAGAAGGUUCGCCAGACUUUUGAGAACUAUGAGAUGAACUCCUUUGAGAUCCUGAUGUACAAGAAAAACCGUCUGCCGGUGUGGUUUUUUGUAAAGAUUGCACCGAUCCGGAAUGAACAGGAUAAAGUUGUCCUGUUUCUGUGCACCUUCAGUGACAUCACUGCCUUCAAGCAACCGAUUGAGGACGAGUCUUCCAAAGGUUGGGGUAAAUUUGCCCGUCUGACCCGAGCGCUAACCAGCAGUCGAGGAGUUCUCCAGCAGCUCGCGCCAGCGGUGCAUAAAGGCGAGAACGUCCACAAGCACUCACGCCUGGCAGAGGUUCUGCAGCUGGGAUCCGACAUUCUGCCCCAGUACAAGCAGGAAACGCCAAAAACGCCGCCGCACAUCAUUCUGCACUACUGCCUUUUCAAGACCACAUGGGACUGGGUCAUCCUCAUCCUGACCUUCUACACCGCCAUCAUGGUGCCCUACAAUGUCUCCUUUAAGACCAAGCAGAACAACGUGACCUGGCUGGUGGUGGACAGUAUCGUGGACGUCAUCUUCCUGGUCGACAUUGUGCUCAACUUCCACACCACCUUCGUGGGCCCGGCCGGUGAGGUCAUCUCCGACCCCAAACUCAUCCGCAUGAACUACGUCAAGACGUGGUUCGUUAUAGACCUGUUGUCCUGUCUGCCUUAUGAUGUCAUCAACGCCUUCGAGAAUGUCGACGAGGGCAUCAGCAGUCUCUUCAGCUCGCUGAAGGUGGUCCGCUUGCUGCGUCUGGGGCGGGUUGCCAGGAAGCUGGACCACUACAUUGAAUAUGGCGCGGCGGUGCUGGUUCUGCUGGUGUGCGUGUUCGGCCUGGCGGCUCAUUGGCUGGCCUGCAUCUGGUACAGCAUUGGAGACUAUGAGGUGAUUGACGAGGACACCAACACGGUGCGUCUGGACAGCUGGCUGUAUCUGCUGGGCGAGACUGUCGGAACGCCGUACCGCUUCAACGCCUCGGGCUCUGGCCGCUGGGAGGGGGGGCCGAGCAAGGACUCAGUCUACAUCACCUCGCUCUACUUCACCAUGACCAGCCUGACCAGCAUUGGCUUUGGGAACAUCGCCCCCAACACGGACGGAGAGAAGAUCUUUGCAGUGGCCAUGAUGAUGAUCGGAUCGCUGCUGUACGCCACCAUUUUUGGUAACGUCACCACCAUCUUCCAGCAGAUGUACGCCAACACCAACCGCUACCACGAGAUGCUCAAUAGUGUGCGAGACUUCCUCAAACUCUACCAGGUCCCCAAAGGCCUGAGCGAGCGGGUGAUGGACUACAUCGUGUCCACCUGGUCCAUGUCCAGAGGCAUCGACACGGACAAAGUACUGCAGAUUUGUCCAAAGGACAUGCGGGCAGAUAUUUGUGUCCAUCUGAACAGGAAGGUGUUUAAGGAGCACCCGGCGUUCCGGCUGGCCAGUGACGGCUGUUUACGUGCUCUGGCCAUGGAAUUCCAGACCAUCCACAGCGCUCCAGGAGACCUCAUCUACCAUGCUGGAGAGAGUGUGGACAGCCUGUGCUUUGUGGUGUCUGGUUCUCUGGAGGUGAUCCAGGAUGAUGAGGUGGUGGCCAUUUUAGGUAAAGGCGAUGUGUUCGGUGACGUCUUUUGGAAGGAGAUGACUUUGGCUCAGUCCUGUGCUAAUGUCCGUGCGCUGACUUACUGCGAUCUCCACAUCAUCAAACGGGAUGCCCUUCAGAAAGUUCUGGAGUUCUAUGCGGCCUUUGCCAACCACUUCGCCAGGAACCUGGUGCUGACCUACAACCUGAGGAAGAGGAUUGUCUUCCGGAAGAUCAGCGAUGUCAAACGGGAAGAGGAGGAGAUGCUGAAGAGGAAAGACGAGGCACCUCUGAACCUCCCUCCUGAUCAUCCGGUGCGACGCCUCUUCCAGCGUUUUCGGCAGCAGAGGGAGGCCCGGCUCGCUGCCGAGAGGCUCAGUCAAGGCACCUGCGACGUAGAAAAAGGCAUCGUCCACCUUGACCCACAGAGAGGCCCGAAAAUCCUGGCAUCCACCAGAAUCAUCAUGGUGACUGAGAACUCAGCCACACCCACCACCUCUUCCACAUCCUUGUCAUCCAGGACGUCCAGCCGAGCAGCGCUCCACAGUCCGGCCGCUCUGAACAGCACUGCACCAGGCUUCAAGUCUGCAGAGCCGCCCAAAGCCAAAGGCUGGGGGCAGUUCAAGGAAUCUGUCACUAAAGCCGAGUCGUGGAGCAGCGUCUCCAAAGCCGAAUCCAUGGAGACGCUGCCCGACAGAACCAAAUGCCACGACGAGGUCUCGCUCAAGAAAACGGACUCCUGCGACAGCGGGAUCACAAAGAGUGAUCUCCGCUUGGACAAUGUCGGGGACGCCAAAACGCCACAGGAGCAAAGCCCGGUUCAGUCUGAAGAGAAGAGGGUGUUCCGUCCGAUCCCAGAGCAGAGCAUGUACGCCUCGUUCCUGGAGCUGAAACAAGAGCUACAAGGAGACAUCAGGUCUCUGAACGGCCGCAUGGUGGCGCUGGAGACUCAGCUGGCUGAGAUGCUUCGACUUCUCAAGUCCAGGAAGUCAUCAGGCUCCUUUUUCGAGAUCUCACGGCCGCCUUCGCCGGACUCCGAUAAGGACAGCUUCUCUUCAGGCGGACCUGAAGCCAUGACUGGUGUCCAAACAGACGCUGAAGCUCACAGGACUGCAGACUGAAGCU